AUGGUCGAUUUUGUCAACGAGCAACCCCCCCUUCUACUACGUGACUUUCGCGCCCGAAUCAUCGACAAGCCAUCAACGACAAACAACCAAACCAAAAGACUCUCCAUAAAUCGUCACAAUGGUGAGUUCGAGUUCCCGAGGGUCUGGACGGUCGCGCGAGAGGAUUCUGAUGAGGCCCGCAAGCACAAGCUCAAGACCCUCGUGCCCGCUCCCCGAUCCUUCUUCAUGGACGUCAAGUGCCCCGGAUGCUUCACCAUCACCACCGUCUUCUCGCACGCCAACACAGUCGUCGUCUGCCAGGGCUGCUCGCAGGUCCUGUGCCAGCCCACUGGUGGCAAGGCGCGGUUGACCGAGGGCUGCUCUUUCCGAAGGAAGUAG